UUAUGCCUUCAGAAAUUGUUGAUGUUCUCAUGAAAAAUGGAAUUUUUGGAGCAAUUAUCCCAAAGGAUUUUGGAGGUGUUGGUUUUCAACAAAAAGAUGUUCUUCAAUUAGUUGAGUGUAUUAGCUCUAGAGAUCUUUCAAUUUUUACAAUGUUUAAUAAUUUGAUGACUUGUUCAAAUAUAAUUUUACAAUUUGGAACGAUUAAACAAAAAGAUGAUUAUUUGCCUGGACUGGCAACUGGAAAAUGGAGACCUGCAAUUUGUUGGCAAGAGGAAACUACUUCAGUCAAUCCAUCAUCACAAGUUUCAUCUUCCCCUGGACAACCACAACGACUUAAUGCUUAUAAAGUGAAUGUUGUAAAUGCUGUGGAUGCUAAUUUAUUUGUAGUUUUUGCUAAUAAAAGGAUUGGGGAUGAGAAUUUUCCCACUUGUUAUAUAAUCGAAAAAGAUUCAAUUAAAGAUCCAAAUGCUUCAAUAACCAUUAAAAAUAAAUUAAUGACUAGUGGACUGCAAAAAUGCAAUUUUUCUGAGGUUGUUUUCAAUAAUGUCCCCGUUGAUGAUUCCCUUAUGCUUGGGGAAAGCGAAAAUGCUCGAGCAAUGGUUGAUGAAUUGGCUUAUUCAGGCAAAACGCUUUAUGGUGCUGCUGUGGUUGGAUUUAUGAAGAAAGCUUUAGGAGAUCUUUGUUCUUUUGCAAAUCAGGAAGUCAAAGGAAAUAUGCGUCUAGCAGAUUCUCAUCCAAUAAAAAAGACACUAUCUGACAUGGGUUUACAUAUUUAUAUAUUGGAAACGAUGGUUUAUUAUAUAGGUUUUGUUUUAAAAUUUAAAAAAUUUUUUUUUGGAUUUUUAGGUGGCUUGACUGAUGAAAAUUUAUUUUUGUCUCAAGAUAUUGAAAAUUCUAUCAUUCAGAGAUUCUCAAACAAAGCAAUUAGACAGGCUAUAACUACAAUUACUGAAGUUGCUGGAAUUUAUUCGUCAGAUGUUGAAUUACCUUAUGAUCAAAUGAUUAAAGACGCGUUGGCCUUGAUGUCAUUUUCAGACCUUGAUUUACAUUUGGUAAGGCGUAUCACAAUUCCUGCUAUUGAACAUUAUGUUAAUCAUCAUGGAGGAGCGAAAACAUUUAUGAAAACAUCCGGUUUUGUAAGAUAUUUGGGUGGUAGAGAAGAUUUGAUUGAUUAUUUACAUCCAAAAUUGAUUCAUUUUAUUGCAGAACAUGUUCAUCCAUCUUUAGCGGGUUCAGCAGUCAAUUUUGAAUAUUGUCUUACUCGUUUGGAUAAAGUUAUCGAUAUUCUUUUUAGAGAUAAAGGAGUUUAUUUAAAUACGGAUUAUAUUGCGUUACAAGAUAUUUCAACUUUAAUGGAAAAUAAUUUGGCAAUGAUUUCUGCAAUAGCUAGAGCAAGUAGAGCUUAUUCUGUUGGUGUUAGAAAUUCUCAUUUGGAGCUUGAUUGGACCAACUAUUUUUGUAGUAGAGCAGCAGACGAAUCUAAAAGAGUAAUUGCUGAAGUAAUGGAGACUCGUAUGUUUUUUUCGAUAGUUUACAAAAAAACAUUUUAUUUUUUAGAACAAAAAAUGAUUAAUAUUAAUCCAAGUGUUAUGGGGGCUGCAAAAAGUUUAUUAGAUGCAAAUGGUUAUUGUAUGGAUAGUCCUAUAGAGAAGAAUUGGUAG